CAAAGGAACUACAAAUCCCAUCGACGAGUAAACCAGGAAAUGGCAGGUUGCGUCAAUGAAACGACGACUGCCGACAUGGAACUCGUUGCUGCUCACGCUAGAAUAACACUCUUUUUGUAAUGUGAACGGACCUAUUCAAGAAUGAAACUAUCUUCGUGUACAACGUUGCUGCUGUAUUCUCUUCUGUUUUGGGGUCUCUGUGCGUCAGAAAGUGAAAACCCGGCAACCCAACCGGAGAGAGAAGACGGAGGAGAGGAGCCAAACCACCGAGCAUCUUCGACCCAGGAUCUAGAUUCUGGACGUGACUUAAACAAUCUACAGAAGGAUGGCCUCAAGGCCAAUGACACAGAGAGCUACUCCAAUGAAUCCAGUCACUCCACCAUCCCCACAACAAAGCCGACGACUGCUGCCCACCCGACCCCCAAGCCCAUUCUGCCCCUGCACACGGGUGUCAAGGCACAAGAAGAAGAGCAGUCCAGCGGGUUGACUAUAUUUUUUAGUCUGCUUGUUAUUGGUAUCUGCAUUAUUUUAGUGCACUUGCUCAUCAAGUUCAAACUGCAUUUUCUCCCCGAGAGUGUUGCUGUUGUGUCCCUUGGAAUUCUAAUGGGAGGCUUUAUAAAGCUUAUUGAGUUCCAGCAACUGGCCAACUGGAAGGAAGAGGAAAUGUUCCGGCCAAACAUGUUUUUCCUACUCCUGCUGCCACCAAUUAUCUUUGAAUCUGGAUACUCUUUGCACAAGGGUAACUUCUUCCAGAAUAUCGGCUCCAUCACCCUCUUUGCUGUGAUUGGAACCGUCUUCUCAGCCUUUAUCGUUGGGGGAGGAAUAUAUUUUCUUGGACAGGUGGAUGUUAUCUAUAAGAUGACUAUGACAGAUAGCUUCGCCUUUGGUUCCCUCAUCUCUGCUGUGGAUCCCGUGGCAACCAUUGCCAUCUUCAACGCUCUCAACGUGGACCCGGUCCUGAACAUGUUGGUGUUUGGCGAGAGCAUCCUCAAUGACGCAGUCUCCAUCGUCCUCACUAACACAGCGGAGGGUUUCUUUUCUCAGUCUGACGCCACCACAUCUGGCUGGGAGACUUUUUUGCAGGCGUUAAGCUACUUCCUGCAAAUGUUCUUCGGGUCCUCCGCCCUGGGAACUCUAACGGGACUCAUCUCUGCCCUUUUUCUGAAGCACUUUGACUUGAGGAAGACGCCCUCGCUGGAGUUUGGGAUGAUGAUCAUCUUUGCCUACCUGCCGUAUGGGCUGGCGGAGGGUUUGAAACUCUCGGGAAUUAUGUCGAUCCUGUUUGCUGCGAUUGUCAUGUCGCACUACACGCAUCACAACCUGUCGCCAGUCACCCAAAUCCUCAUGCAGCAGACCCUGCGGACAGUGGCCUUCAUGUGCGAGACCUGCGUGUUCGCCUUCCUCGGACUCUCCAUCUUUAGCUUCCCUCAUAAACUGGAAAUAUCGUUCGUCCUUUGGUGCAUCUUCCUGGUUCUUCUGGGACGUGCUGUGAAUAUCUUCCCCCUCUCCUUCCUGCUCAACUUCUUCAGAGACCACAAGAUCACGCCCAAGAUGAUGUUCAUCAUGUGGUUCAGUGGUCUACGGGGUGCCAUCGCGUACGCCUUGAGCCUGCAUCUCGGACUGGAGCCCAUCGAGAAGAGGCAACUUAUUGGGACCACCACCAUCAUCAUCGUCCUCUUCACCACGCUCCUCUUUGGCGGGGGCACGAUGCCGCUCAUCCGCCUCAUGGACAUCGAGGACAGCCAGUCGCGGCGGAAAAACAAGAAGGACGUCAAUCUUAGCAAGACGCAGAAAAUGGGAAACACCAUUGAGUCAGAGCACCUGUCGGAGCUCACAGAGGAGGAAUAUGAAGCUCAAAUAUACCAAAGACAGGAUCUCAAAGGGUUUUUGUGGCUUGAUGCAAAAUAUCUGAACCCGUUCUUCACACGCAGGCUCACGCAGGAGGACCUGCUGCACGGACGGAUCCAGAUGAAGACUCUCACCAAUAAGUGGUACGAGGAAGUUCGCCAGGGUCCUUCCGGCUCUGAGGAUGAAGAUGACGAAGCUGAGCUUUUGUGAGGUGCAGCUUUGGACGGCAGGAUGUGCACUAUUGUUGGAGUCACUGAAGUUCUGUUUGGCAUGUUGAUGCUGGAUUGGUAAAUACACUUCUGAAUUCUGUAUUGUUGAAAUUAUGAAUGAUAGUUUCAAGGUGAGCGCUGUGAAGAUGACAUGAGUGAAGACAAGACUUUUUAUUUUAUAUUCAGUUAAUUUCCUUUAUUUACUACAUGCACAGUCUGAUCUUUGGUCUUACAAAAGUCGAUUCCAUGACGUUCUAAAUCAGAUAUAUUUGCAUCCGUAAGUGUCGAAAUUGUGAGUGGUUUCCUUGUUAUUUUUUUUUUUUUUGUCAGUUAUUGGAUUUACACAUUGGCGGUCACACAAGUAAUGGCUCCCAUUUGCGUAUAGUUUCUCCACAAAGCGAGCAAAUGUUUAAACAUGUUUUAGUUUAAAAAACACAAUGAAUGUAAAAAGCAGAAUUCAGAAUGAUCGGAGUCUGUUUUCACACUGCCUGGAGUGUUUGUCGUAUGAAGAUGUCGAAUGUGAAGGGAAGCUGUUUGUAAUUGAUGUGCUAUAUGUAUAUAUUUAUUUGUAAAUUAUUUAUGUCACAUGAGAGAAAAAGCUUUUUAUGCAAAAACCUUUUGGGAAAUGGUCUUUAAUAAAAUGAUAAUGAGGAUUCUGUGUCGAUAA